AUGGCUUUCUGUUUGCUUCUUUGUAUAGCAAUUUUGGAAAUCACAGUAUUGAGUGCAGCAGCGCAGAUCCCAUUGAACUGCAACCUGGGCACCAAACCUUGCAAGGAUGGAUCUGAGUGUGUACUCCACCAACAUGUGUGUGACGGAGAAGCCGACUGUAGGGAUGGUUCUGAUGAGGAGGACUGCACUGUCGCAUGCAAUAAUGGCCAGUUUCUGUGUGCCCAUGGGAAGAAAUGCAUUGACCAGCAGCAGGUGUGUGAUGGUGUGGCCCAGUGUCAGGACCGCUCUGAUGAGUUGGACUGCCUGAAUCCCAUGGAGGGCUGUGUUCACCACUGUGACAACAAGACCCGCUGCCUCCCAGACACCUUCCUCUGUGAUGGAGAGUGGGACUGCCUGGAUGGCACUGAUGAAUUCAACUGCGGUAAUGCCCCCUCAGAUGGCAACAAUGGGAAUACCACAAUGUCUGCACCAGCACCCCCCAAGUGUCCUUUUGGCACUAAACCAUGCCGGGACAGGAUUGAGUGUGUUCUUUACAACCAUGUGUGCGAUGGAGAGGCGGACUGUAAGGAUGGCUCGGAUGAGGAAGAGUGUAUAUUAGAAUGUGAACAUGGCCAGUUUCAGUGUGCACAUGGGAAGAAAUGCAUUGACCAGAGGCAGGUGUGUGACGGUGUGGCCCAGUGUCAGGACCGCUCUGAUGAGAUGGCCUGCCUGAAGCCCAUGGAGGGCUGUACUCACCACUGUGACAACACCCGCUGCCUCCCAGACACCUUCCUCUGUGACGGAGAGAGGGACUGCCUGGAUGGCACUGAUGAGGCCAACUGUGCUGAUGAUAGCUGCAAUAGUGGUGAGUUCCGUUGCACCAGUGGUCAGUGUUUAUCCGUAAGCAUGCGCUGUGACGGGCAUCCUGACUGUCGGGAUCGCUCUGACGAGGAGAGCUGCACCAAGCCCCCCCAGUGCACCACCAAGCUCCGGUGCCCACAAAGCCAGGAGUGCCUGCUGGAGGAGUGGGUCUGUGAUAGUGAGCAGGACUGUAAAGAUGGCUCUGAUGAAAAGAAUUGCAAGAUGGUCCAAUUGAAGUGUGGUGAUUUCCAGUGGGCCUGUACAUCUAAGAGCCAGUGUGUUCCCAAAGCAUGGAGAUGUGAUGGAACAAAGGACUGUGCUGAUGAAAGUGAUGAGGCAGGAUGUGGUCAGGUAGCAACAUGCCCUUCUCACCAGUUCCAGUGUGGUAGUACAUGGGAGUGUUUGGACACAGCCCUGGUGUGUAACACGGUCAGGAACUGUGCUAAUGGUUCUGACGAGGGUGGCAACUGCCAAGCCAAGUGUCCAGACAAAACCCAAUGUGCCCAUAACUGUUACAGCACACCACAGGGAACAAGGUGUGGCUGUAAGGUUGGUUACCGACUCCAAGAGGACACAGUGUCCUGUGUUGAUAUUGAUGAGUGUGAAGGUGGUAGACCAGGUGUUUGCAGCCACCUAUGUGUCAACACCCAGGGCUCCUUCCAGUGUCACUGCUACCUUGGUUACCUGCUGGAAUCUGAUGGCCGCCGCUGCAAGAUCGCAGGUGAGCCCUACCUACUGGCCUCUGUGCAGACUGAGCUGUUCCUGUUUGGGCUGAGAAGCAGCAGUCUGGAUGUCCUGGUGUCCUCUGCUAAGAAAGCCAUCCUGUCCCUGGACUAUGACUGGAGGGAUCAGAAAGUGUUCUGGGUCAGCCUGGAUUCAGAGAGUAUAAAAUGGUCCUCUCUAGACCAGAAAAAGAGAGGAACUCUUGUCAAAGGCAUCAAAUCUGAUUGCAUUGCUGUUGACUGGGUAGGGAGAAACCUGUACUGGAUUGAUGGCAUUGGAGGUGGUCGGAUUAUUGCUGUUGGAUUAAACUCUCUGGAUCAGACAGUCAUCCUUGAUGAGGACUUCGAACAACCUCGCUCUCUGGCACUCCUGCCACAGAAGGGGAUCAUGUUCUGGUCAGAGAUUGGUAACGAGGCGAAGAUUGAGCGGGCAGGAAUGGAUGGGUCUGAGAGGAGAGUAGUGGUCAGUCAUAGCCUCAGCUGGCCAGGCGGUCUGGCUGUGGACACACUAGGGGAGAGGAUCUACUGGACGGACGAGAAGCUCCGGUGCAUCGGCUCAGCCAACCUGGAUGGCGGGGACAUUGAGCUUCUGCAGAUGAUGGAGACCACCAACCCGUUCUCUGUCACAGUUUACAAUGACCUGCUCUACUGGUCAGACACCAGGAGGAGAACUAUUCAAAGGGCUCAUAAAAUCACUGGAAAGAACCGCAAAGUUCUACUCAAACGACCUGGACAACCUUUUGGACUGAAAAUCAUUCAUCCACUUCUGCAGACAAGCAAUGAGAGUCCCUGUGAGAACCUUCGUUGCUCUCACCUGUGUGUGUUGGGCCCAGGCCCCAAAGGGGUCUGCAAGUGUCCCUCUGGUCUGCUCCUAGCUGAGGAUGGCCUCACCUGCACCAACCUGGUCAACUCUCCCUUCCUCUUGGUGCUCUCGCCAACUGUUGUCACACAGAUCUACCUGCAGACCAUGCACAGUGCUGUGGGUCUGAAGAGCUGGCCGGAGCACCUCGCCCUACCUCUCCCCAAUGUCAACGAGGCAGCGAUGUUGGAUUACACCCUGCAAGAUCAGACUCUGUACCUAGCUGACUCUGGCCAAUCGUCUGUAGUCCUCUUCAAGCUGAAGGAGACCGGCUUGGUGCCUCGCGGCCAGUUCCUGCAACUCAAAGGGGACACAGUUACAGCCCUGGCUCUAGACUGGAUAACCCUCAGCGUAUACUGGAGUAGCACCAAGCAGCCACGGCUGCAGGUCACCUCUUCCAGUGGGGAACACACUGCUGUGUUAAUUCAGGAUAUUGGAAGUCUGGAGUCCAUAGCGCUUCACCCACUCAGUGGAAGACUCUGUUUUACCAACCUGGCCAAGCAGGGGGAAGGCGCUCAGGUGGAGUGUGCUUACAUGGAUGGGGUGAAGCGUGCUCCGGUGUGGAAGGAUGCUCUUCAGCCCACCUCCCUGACUUUCUCCAACAAGGGCAAUGAAAUCUACUGGGCUGACAUCGGUUAUGGGGUGAUCGGCUCUGUCAGAGUUGAUGGUACUGGAUACAAGGAGUUUAAGACUGGGGAUGGCCUGACUGCAUUUGCACUCAGCAACGGCAUGCUCCUCUGGGUGACAGACAGUGACACAACCAAAGUUUGGUAUAGAGAUGAUCCACUGACUAAGAAGCUUUGGUUUGAGGUAAACACUGAAAUUGUCAGUUUGAAGGCGUACAGCAAGUCCAGCCAGAUGGGCUCCAACCUCUGCUCAGAUGGGAAUGGAGACUGCAGUCACUUGUGUCUGGCUCUUCCUGGUGGUAGGACCUGUAGGUGUGCCCAUGACCAUUGGCCAGUCAAUGUCACACACUGUGCCGCAGACCACCACUGCCCAGCUGGAAGUAGACCCUGUCUGGACGGGCACACAUGCUUCCCCCUGGAGAAGUUCUGUGACGGACAUCCUGACUGCUCUGACACUUCAGAUGAGAACUGCGAGUCUUCUUUCCAUUAUCAAUGGAACUCUGUCAAGGCCAAAGCCCCAACCCAGCUUCCCAGUCCCAGCUUUCCUAUAUCUGCAGAUCCUGGCUCCACCUCUCUGGACAACAGUUGGCUGGUGAGAAACCUGGAUGCCCAGCAGUGUAGUGAAAAGCGCUGCAAUGGGAAUGGGGAGUGUGUGGAGACCAAUGGGGGCGUCUCCUGUGCCUGUGGUUUAGGCUACAGUGGAGACUCCUGCCAAGACCAGCUCACCAAGACUAUGCAAGGCCCACUCAUCUAUGGGGCCGUUGGCCUCUGUGCUGGGAUUGUUGUUAUCAGUGUCCUCGCUGCGUUGGUUAAGAGGAAGACUGCAAACACAAGGAGAGCCAACCAUGUGGCAAAGCAGACUAGUAUGACUGAGUUGGAGAAAGGUGAAGAAGCUCCUUCUACACAACCUUCACCCAACAGUGACUUUGCAGAGGAAGUGGUGUCGUCUGUGGAUUAACUAAUUUAUCAGCAGCCUCUUUCUAUUCAAUAAAGUUUCUUUUUCUACAG